AUGAAGUUUGGACAAUACGUAAUCGUAACUUUUAUUCUUCAUGCUCUUUUCUUUUUCUCGAUUUUCGAAAUUUUUCUGACUUCCCCGAUCAUUACCGGUUUGGAAUCCCUUCCGCCGAAAAAUAAGCCUCUUGCAAAGCGAGUUGUUAUUGUGUCCAUCGAUGGUAUGCGACAUAGAACCUUUGUGCUCAAAAAUGAAGAAGGCGAAUUCCGAGCGAAGCAUAUCUUGGGAAGAGCUUGUAAUCAAGGAGUCUAUGCUAGGUCUAUAACACAGCUGCCGACAGAGUCUAGACCUGGCCACGUGGCGUUCCUCGGUGGGUUCGGCGAGGACGUUUCCGCUGUCAUGGCAGGGUGGAAGAAAAAUCCAGUUCCAUUCGACACAGUCUUGAAUAAGAGCACGGAAGCUUGGGCCUUUGGCAGCCCAGACAUCGUCGAUAUAUUUUCCGAGCCUAGCCACGUCCAUGGCGUCACUUAUUCUGAAGAGUUAGAGGACUUCUCGGCAUCGAACGCAGACUACCUCGAUACUUGGGUGGAAGAUCAGUUUCAAGCGUUUAUGGAGGAUCCACCAGCUUCGGUGCACCAAGAUGGUGUCAUAUUUUUCCUUCAUCUUCUUGGAACAGACACUAACGGACAUGCACAUCGUCCACAAUCCCCACAAUACGUCAACAAUGUCGAUGUUGUUGACAAAAUCGUCAAGAACGUCGAACGCAUCGUCAAUGAUUUUUUCCAAGAUGAUGAAACAGCGUUUGUUGUUACAUCUGACCAUGGCAUGACGGAAUGGGGCUCACAUGGUUCAGGCUCAGAGGACGAAACAGUCACUCCAUUUAUUGCUUGGGGUUCUGGAAUACGUCAUUUCCAGGAUCUCGAAUCAUGCGAAUCUUUUCACACUCCUGCCCAUGAUGAUAUCAGACAAAUCGACAUUUCUCCGACGAUUUCUCUCCUUCUGGGAACUUCACUGCCAGCAAACUCCAUCGGCAUUGCUCCGUUUUCCAUAUUCAAUGCGUCAAAAGAAAAUCUAGCAAUGCUCAAAGCGACGAAUUUGAGGCAGCUCUGGCAUCAGUACGAGGCAAAGUCGAGAUCCUCUGGGAUCCCCUACAAAAAGCUUUCGAUUGAGAAGAUUAUUGAAGCGGAAAAUUCGGGUCUUUUAGAGACAGAGACCUUGAAGGAUGUGGUGGAAGGGAUUUUCUUUCACCACAGAGCAUUGAGACCGGUUUUGUCUACGUUAGUAAUCUCGAUGAUGGUCGCAUGGCAGCUAACUUCAGUAGGCCUUUGUGGGCGAUUUCUGACUGAUGACGUGCGCCGACCAAAAUUCAGCUUGCCAAUCUUUGUUUUUACAGCGUUGCCGUUUAUUCUCAUUCCUAUCGUCUAUAAACUGAGCCUUCGAAACUCAUUUUGGAGUUUUGCAGCGUUGAUAUCAAUCUAUUUCUUCUCGUUUUAUUCCAAAGUCAUUCUCCAGUUAAUUCUGUCAGCAAGACCGCUAAAUCUUAUCAAACUUAUUUUCACUACCAGCUUCCUUGCAUUUAUAACGACGCUUAUUUUCAACUACAGAUGGUUCUUGUCUCUCAUAUUCGUCUCCUUUCCCUUCUUAUAUUCACUUCUUACUUCAAAAUAUGUCCGACCCUCUUUGUACAUAUCUUUUGGAAGUCUUUCGAUUUUCCCGAUGCUGCCGACUAUUAAUCUUUUCUCUCUUCAGCCUCCAGACCUCCCAAUCUAUAUCUCAUGGAUGGUCUUCACCCUCUCAUGGAUCUUUCCAUUCCUGGAGACAUUCGAUAUGGUUGCUAGAUUCCAGGCGAUUUCCAUCAGCUGCUUUUCCCUAUAUUGUCUCCUUUCGACAUUUUACGAAGGACUGUUUCACAUGAUUUUGGUCUGGUCGCUUAGCGAGUGGAUGAGAGUCGAAAUUCCACUAGCCACGUUCGACUCAGCUUCUUUCAAAGAAAAAUCGUCGCUGUUUUCAGAAAUUGGCAAGUUCAAAAAAGACGAUGUUCGGCGCUCGCUCACAUUUAUCUACUUUAUUAUGAUGGCCUUCUUUGGCUGUGGAAAUGUAGCCAAUCUGAAUAGUUUCUCGCCCAGCUCAAUUUUACCUUUUGUUCAUGUCUUUAAUCCGUUUCUUAUGGGAUUCCUGCUCUUCUUCAAAGUCAUUCUGCCAUUUCUUCCUGUUUGUGUUGCAUUUCUUAUCAUUAUCAGACUUCUCAACAUUCCAUUCACAGCAAUAUUUCACUUCCUUGUUAUCUUUUCGGACCUCUUGGCGUUCAUAUUCUUCUUCCAAGUGAGAGACGACGGUAGCUGGAUGGAUGUUGGCCUAUCUAUCUCUUACUUUUCCAUCACCCUUUUGAUGUUUCUGAGCCUUACACUGCUCAUGUGCGUGGCUCAUUUUAUGACACACAAGAAAUGGAAGAAAAUGGUCGGAUUUGAUAUGGACGGAUUAGGAGGCGGCGGCGGCCUCCGAAAUGCCAUCGCUUCUGUCGUGUCUGGACUGCUCUUUUUCACUGGCUGGUGGAUCGCCAUCGAUGCCGCAGUUCGAUGCAACGUCACUGCCAAUCCCGAGCUUGAAAUGUACAAUUACUAUCACAUCUGCGGAGUUAUCGGAACCCUCGCAUUUUUCAUGAUCAAUAUGGUUUCAAACUCUCAUCUCACUGACGGCAGCAUGUAUGAAGACGGCUGUCUGGGAGCUGUGGGUGCGCGUGUCUGGCUUCUCGUGGGCUUCCUUGGUGCGUUUGGGGCCGUCAUAGCAUCAAUGUGUGUCCUGUUUGCAGCAUAUGUUGCCCACCCGCCACAAGUCCCUGAUGACAAGAUGGGCUACUGCCCGACUCGAGUCUACCCAGGCCUAGCCAUCUUUCUCCAGAACUUCUUCAUCUUUCUCGGCUCGAUCGCAUUCAAAUUCGGCCGUCAAGAAGAAUAA